UUUUUGAACACAAAACGAUAUAUUUUACAACUGAUAAUGUUGGAUAAAGCCCUGAUAAGGGUCCGAAAUACAAUAAACGUGGACGUAACAGUCCGCCGCAACCUUCACAGGGGCACACGCGAAAUGUUUAACUCGAACGAUGUUCACGACGCGCCUUUUGUUUUUGUUAGGUCGAAUCGAGCCACGUCACGGGAGUAUUGAAGGGUUUUUUGAAAUUGGAACUCGAUUUUGGCGGGAUUAUGGAAAUGUGUCGUUAUUAUUAUGAUAGGUGUUUGGUGCGUCCGGGAGUGAUGUCGGGGUGGUGUGGCGGCAGGGGUGUGUCACGAGGGUGCGAAGGGCUAGGGCGACGCGGAAGCGUGGCUCGCGUGCUGGCACGGCGGGAGGUGGCGCGCGCGCGGCUUUCGUUGCCCAAAUGGCGGGCUCGGCUGGGCCUCGCGCGCGUACGCUUUAACCUUGCCUCGGCGACCUGCUGGCCGUAGUUAUGCCUAAAAGAGGCAUCCAGAACGAAAUACACCUAGUAUAGUGAAAAGUGAAAAUGCAACUAAACCAAAGGCCGUCCAGAAUGAGAAUCCGUAAACAUUAAGCGCACUUUAUAUUCAAGUAUUAGUAAUAAUAAGAAGCAACCAUGCCUGUGGUCUCGCCGUCAAGGUACGAGUCCUCGUCGUCGGGUCUCUCGGGCUCGUACCGGUCGACGCUGACCUCCUCGUCGAGUCUCGACAAGCCCUACUGCCGGACCCGCAGCAGCACGUACGUCACCACAACCGCACGAACCUCGUACGGAGACAUCAACUCGGAAUACAGAUCCAAGUACUCCGAUGUCGACGGAAAGAGGGAAAGAAAGACCUCCCUCGUGGAGUACUCCAGGACUUCCAGAGCCCCGAGCGUCACCGACUCCGACAGUGGAAUAUCAUCACGAUACAGAUCCGAAAGGAGCGAGUCCAGAUCCAGAGACAUUUCCACAACAAGAAGCGAGAGCUCGAAGACGUCGAGCGAUCCGUUACCGAGGAGCAAACGGAACUUCAGCUCGGCCGCGCUGGCGAUGUCCACGGCCGAGUUCUACAACACGUACUCGCCCGCCAACUACAUCCCCCUCACGCAGCGGAUCCAGAUGCAGCAGCAGAACCACAACUACGGCGACAUCUCCAGAUCCAAAUCCAUAUCCAAUGACAUCGGCCGACCGCCCGCGUCGGACCGGAGCGUGCGCAAGCCGCGCAGCUCGGCCGCCGCUGCCAUCUCAGAGAGAGCGGAAAGUCGACGGUACAAGGAUAGCUCGCCGACGCCGUCGUACGUCAAACGUAACUCCAUGACGAACGGAGUGAGAGACAAUAACGGCAACGAACUGCCGUCCGUUCCGGAGAUUCGAAAGAGAUUCGAUCCAAAAAUGGCCGUCACCAAACUGCCGGCUAACGAGUCUAGGUACUCAUCGCGUAGUUCCCUUGAACAGUUUCUGAACCAGCUAAAAGAUUGCGAGAACGGAACCAGUGGGUACACAAAAAUACUGCCCAAAGAUGACAAACCCGUGCCUGUGCAUUUACCAUACGUAGACAAGAACGGAACGUCCAAAUGGGACCUAGGAUCAAGCAGCUCGCGUUCCAAUUCAAACUCAGAUCUGUCCAUUAGUAAGACCACAUCUGAGCCGGUAUGUCUAGCCAAACCCUCCACAGACAAGCUAGGAGCGAUGUCCACAUCCCUAACCUCAAAGUUGCCUUCCGAACGUCUAGCCAGCAUUAAAAGCCAGCUAGACCCUAACAAUCCUAUAGGCAAAAUUCUAGAAAAAUCCACCGUCAUACAGGUAGAGAAUGGUGAUGCAUACGACAGAAAAAAACUCAGAAACAGUCCAGAAGUAACGAUAAAAAAAGAAACAUUGAAAAAUGAUAUAGAAAAACAAGUGAAGACACCGAAACAUACGUCUGAUUUCGCUUCAUACAUACAAAUUUCACAGCCGAUUGCUUCGGGCACAACUACGCCGAAAAAAGCUGAACUCAACAAUAAAGUUGAAGAGGUCAAAGUCGACAAAUCUGAACCGAGGAAAUCAAAGGUCAAUCUCAAAUAUAUAGAUUCAGAACAGGAUACUCUAGCACUUAAUAAUGAAGUUGAAUCUCCAAGUGGUACUGGAUUUGAAAAUAAAACAUUUGAACAUGAGAAUUAUUUAAAAAAACGGUCAGAAAAGAACGAUGCAGACGAUAAUAAAGAAGAGGAUGGAUUAAAAUCAAUGGAGACGAGUACAGAGAGCACUAUCAGUGAACCAACAGAGGACUCGAGUCCAGAUACUCCGUCAGCGCGGAGAAGAGUCAUCAGUAGAGACUACGACGACAUAAAAACGGAGUUGGCCGGCGGCAAGAGCGGACCUAGCGGGUUGCGCCGCAGCAGCGAGAGAUCCGACUCGGUGUCAGAGUCGCGAACCGAGAAGCAGUCUAGUCAAACUAGUGGUCUGAACGGGCUCCGCAACAUCGGCAACACGUGCUUCAUGAACAGCGUGCUGCAGUGCCUGUCGAACACGCGGCCGCUGCUGGAGUACCUCGCCGACGACAAGUACGCCGCGCACAUCAACACCACGCUCUCCUGCAUGAAGGGCGCGCUCAUCAAAGCGUUCGCGAGCGUGAUCAAGGAGCUGUGGCGCUGCGGCGAGCGCGACUCGGUGGUGAACACCACCUCGCUCAAGUCGCAGGUGCAGCGGUUCGCGCCCCGGUUCAUGGGCUACAGCCAGCAGGACGCACAGGAGUUCCUCCGGUACCUGCUGGAGGGGCUGCACGAGGACGUGAACCGCGUCACGGUGAAGCCCAAGCCGAUCCUCACGGAGAUCGACGACAGUCUCAGCGACUCUGCGAAGGCGGCGGAGGCGUGGAGCCGGUACCUGCGCAUGGAGGACAGCCGCGUGGGCGACAUCUUCGUGGGCCAGCUCAAGUCCACGCUGCGCUGCACACACUGCAACCACGACAGCGUCACCUUCGACCCCUUCUGGGACCUCAGUUUGCCGAUCCCGUCUCGUACGGGCAAUCUCAAGCUGCAACAGUGUCUACAGUACUUCACCAAGCAGGAGGAGCUCGACGGAGACGAGAAACCGACGUGUUCAAAGUGCGGCGUGCGUCGCAAGUGCCUGAAGUGGUUCACGGUGCAGAAGUUCCCGCAGGUGCUGGUGCUGCACCUGAAGCGGUUCUCGCCGACGGAGCGGUUCCGCGGCAAGCUGAGCGUGGUGGUGGAGUUCCCGCUGAGCGCGCUGGACAUGGCGCCCUACGCCGCCGCGCGCGCGCCCGCCGCCACCUACGACCUCUACGCCGUCAGCAACCACUCCGGCACCACGUACUCGGGCCACUACACGGCGUACUGCAAGCACCCCUACACCGGCGAGUGGCACGAAUACAACGACUCCAGAGUGACGCCGAUAAGUCCGCGCAACGUAGUGUCGUCGGAGGCGUACGUGCUGUUCUACGAGCUGUCGCGCUCGUCGUAGCGGGGGCCACUCUCGCGGGGCCCACGACCCCCACACACGCGGGGCCCACCGCCCACACACGCUCGGUGACCGCGCACGCCGCUGGGUAAAGUGACUCGGUUUUUAAAUGUACAAAUUAGAUAAAUUUGUUGUUCUGUGUCGAUAUGGGUUCUGAAGCGUAUAACGUAGGGUUUGACUGAGGGAACGCUUUCGGCAAACUCGUUGGCCUCAUUGGCUCUACGUAAAC